GGUCAAGCACACCAGGCGAUCGACGACAGCGACAGGGUCUGGCACGCACAUCUCUUCGAUUCGGCCAGCAACAGCAAAAGCAGCAUCGACAGCGAUAGCAGUAGCAGCAGCAGCAGCAAUAGCAGCAGCACCUCCACACCACGGGUAUUCUGCUCUGUACAGAUCGAUUUUCAAGCAGCUUCGAUCAGCCGGCCCUCUGCCUCCCCUCGGUUGCCGCUCAUCACCGCAACCUCCACCUAAAUCCGCACCGAUUCGAUAAAGCGAGCAUCCUGUGAAUAUGGCCAAGAGCAAGUCGAGUCAGCUCGCCAAAGCGAGCAAAUCCAGCGCGCCGCCCAAAUCCAACACGGGCACCAUUGCCAAGAAGCAGAAGAGCCAGGCACAUGUCAAGUCCAAGGUCCAGGAGGAGCCCGAGGACGAGGUAUUGGAUGAAGCCGAGGACGGCGCGGACGACAACGGCGACUCGGACGAUGGCUGGGAGUCUGAUGACAGCAACAUCAAAAACGACGAUGACGACGACGACGACGACAACGACGACAACGACAACGAUGGUGAUGAGAUCGAUGGAGACGACGAUGGCCAAGACGAAGAUGAGGGCGAGGGGGCCUCGCCUCGCGGCGCCAAGCGAGCCAAGAAGGAUGACGAGGACGACAAGUCAGUAGAAAAGUCUCGGCCAGAUCGCGAGGGCCAGAAGGCUCUGCUCCUCGAGCGCAAGGCUCAGAAGCCCAAUGCGCCGCUUGUGCUCAAGAUCAAAAAGCUUUGGGAGCGACUGCGGGUCAAGAAGCUGACAGCGAAGGAGCGCGCGCCGUUCAUGGAGGAGAUGAUGGGACUGGUCACCGGCAAGAUCCACGAUAUCAUUUUCAAGCACGAUGCCUCACGCAUUGUGCAGUCCAUUCUCAAGUACGGCACGUUGGACGACCGCAACAUUGUGGCUGCGGAGCUCAAGGGCUACUAUGCCGAGCUGUCCAAGAGCCAGUAUGGGCGCUUUAUCGUGUCGAAGAUCUUGAACUAUUGCCCCAAAUAUCGCAACAACGUUAUCACGGAGCUGUACGGCAAUGUUCGCAAGCUCAUUCGCCACCGCGACGCAUCGCAUGUGCUGGAAGAAGCUUACUCGCAGUUUGCGAAUGCACAGCAGCGAACGGCGCUGAUCGAGGAGUUCUAUGGCCCAGAGUUUAGCAUCUUCAAGAGCAAGGGCUCGAAGAGCGUCUUUACGAUUGUCCAGGAGAAUCCCGCAAAGAAGCCGUCGAUCGUGAAACAUCUGCGCGAGAGUCUGACGGGCUUGCUAGAGAAGGGCUUCAGCAGCAUUGGCCCAUACACAAUCGUCCAUCGAGCCCUGCUGGAGUACAUGCAACUCACCGAUGAGAAGGGCCUGAACGAGAUGAUUACGCUGGUGAAGGAACACCUCGCCUCGAUCUUGCACACCCGCGAAGGCUCACAAGUUUGCCAGCUGGUGAUCCUGCACUCGACCACCAAGGAUCGCAAGCUUAUCAUCAAGUCGUUCAAGGAGUAUGUGAUCAAGAUUUCCAAGGAGCAGUACGGACAUGUGGCUCUUUUGACGCUCUUUGACUCUGUGGACGACACCGUCCUGCUCAAGAAGGCGGUCGUCGGCGAGUUGGUAGCCGGCACGCCGAUUGUGGCUGGCGGCGAGGGCAACCUGCUCGACCUGGCCAAGGACCAGUAUGCAAGCCGUGUGCUGCUGUUCCUGCUCUGCGGCCGCAAUCCCAAAUACCAGCCUGCAUACAUCAUCAAGGAGAUGGCCCAGCUGGACGAGGUCCGUGCCAAGACAUCCAAGAAGGACGAUGUCCAGCGGCGGGCUGAGAUGCUGGAGGCCAUCUCGGAGCCGCUGAUAGCAGUGGCCGUGAAGAACGCCAAUUUGCUGAUUCGCGACAAGUACGGCUCGCAGGUUCUGCUCGAGCUCUUCCGGACCAGUCAAGGAGACAAGGCCGCCCUGAUCGAGGCUGUUGCCGCGUUGGUCGAGGGCACCGGAUCAGCCAAGCAGGCUGAGAAGUCCGGCGAGGACAAGUCAGGAGCGGCUUCUGGCGAAGUGUUCCAUCCCAUCAAGAAGCUCCACGCCGAGGCAACGGCUGCCAAGAAAGCUCAGGCCGAAGAGGGUCUGGAUCUCGACACCCACGUCUUUCUCCACUUCCCCGCCUCGCGCAUCGUCAAAGACAUGAUUGCGGGGUCGUGGGGCGGCAAGAAGAGCGAAAGCCAAGAGGUGUCCAGCGAGCCUGCGCGCUCGGAGCAGUCGAUCCAGUUUGCUCGGGCAGUGACAGCCAAGAUCCAGGACCACAUUCCGUUCUGGAUCGGGCAGGCGGCGCAUGACCCGCACCACACACAGCGCCUGUCGUUGAUUCUGCUGGCGCUUCUCGAGACCGAAGACGCCGAGGUCCACGCGAUCUUCAAGAGCAAAGCGAGCAAGACCGUGAUUGCAAAGGCCCAGGAUGCCAUCGCCGCAUCCAAGCAAGACCCGCAACCGGCAGCAAGCGACAACAAGAAGCGCAAGAGCGGCGACAGGGCUGCCAAAAAGGGUGCCGAGAGCGAGUCAUCCAAGGGGGAGGUCAGGGCAACGUCCAUUGAGCAGUUUGUCCGCAAGAUUGGCGAGAUUGCCAAGGCAUAGAUCAUGCAAACACGACCGCUGGACCGAUGCAAGUACA